AAUGAUAAUGCUUUUGGUAUUUGGUGUUAUGUAGAUUAAUUGAUUGAUAGCAAAAUUGAAGAAGCAGAAGCAAGUUUUGGUUUUUUGUUGUCAAUGGAUAAAGCUUCUUCACAAGAGUGUCCUUAUCCAGGAUGUUUCUUCUGUGUAAUGAAAGAAGGAAACCCGAGUAAAAGAAGAUCCUGCAUUCUCAAAUUCUUUAGAGACCUUCCUUCUCAAGACGAUGAUGGUCAAGUUCUUCCCAUUAGUGGUCUCUGGAACACAGCAAUGGCUCACCCUAAUGAUCCUGAGUUCAUUGAGCUUGGAAUCUUUGAGUGUAUGUCUGCUUUGAUAUGGAAAGGACUUAAAAACAGGCGUUGGCUAUCUCAUGACCAGAACAUAUACAUUCCUUACUACGCGGCUCACAUUAUCGGGUCUUACACUAUGAACAUGGAAGAGUUUGCUGAGAGAGCUGUGGAAGCUGGUGUGAUUGCUCCACUUGUUGAGCUUUUAAGAGGUAGGCUUACUUGGGUCGAACAGAGAGUGGCGGUUCGUGCUUUAGGGCAUUUAGCUACUUACCCGAGCACUUUUCCUGCCGUUGCGGAUCACGGAGAGAUCCUCGAGCUUGCGAUACAAUUGGCAAUGAGUUCGUUAGAAAUAGUUUACUCUCACUUUUACCAGUAUCCGGAUCGAAGGUUGAGUUACCACUGCGAUCUGCUGACACGAGGCAUGGGAGGUGUUGAGAUGGAGUCAAGAAAAGCAGAGGAAUGGGCAAGCCAGUUGCAGUGCUGGUCUCUUCAGCUCAUUAAUUGUUUCGCCUUUAAACCUGAGUUUCUUCCCACUCUGUGCAAACCCGAGUUUCUGGUGAAUCUUCCGGUUAUGUGGGGCGGACUUGUGAAUGAGAACUCACCAGCUGGUAUCGGUUUGCUUAGAACAAUCUGUCAGCAUAAACUAGGCCGUGGACCUGUUUCUGCGUGUGCAGGAAUGAUUGAGGCCUUGUGUAAUAUCGCUCGGUCUUCUGAUGAUUGGCAGUAUAUGGCGAUAGAAUGUCUUCUUUGGUUGCUUCAAGAUCCUAAUACGUCUCACAAGGUAAUUGAUAAGGCGGUGCCAACGCUUGUGGAUCUUGCAGAGAUCACAAACUUGGGCGAUCACAAGAAACUUGGAGAUUCCAUUGUAAGUGUUCUUCAAGAAUGCAGCUCCAUGGGUAACCGUUCAAGGGAGUUGAUCGAAGAAACGGUAAAUUCUCGACAAAGACUGAAAUGGGAGAAGAGUAUGCCUAAAGAGGAUCUUCAUAUCAAACAAGCAGCAGCUUUAGUGGUCAAACUCGAAGGAAACUCUCUCUUUUCAUCAGGAGAUAUCGCGGGUGCAGCGGAAAAGUACUCGGAAGCUUUGUCUCUAUGUCCGAUGAGGUCGAAGAAGGAAAGAGUAGUGUUGUAUAGCAAUCGAGCUCAGUGUCAUCUCUUGCUGCAACAGCCUUUGGUUGCUAUAAGCGACGCCACACGUGCGCUCUGCUUGCACAAUCCUGUAAACCGGCAUGCGAAGAGUCUUUGGAGAAGAGCUCAGGCCUAUGAUAUGUUAGGUCUAGCUAAAGAGAGUUUGUUAGAUGCGAUUCUGUUCAUCAACGAAUGUUCUCAGUCGAAUGAUCCGGAUCUCUCCAUGAGACAGAACAAGGUUCCUGAUUACGCAGAGAGGUUGGUGAAGAAGCAGAUGCGAGCAGCUUGGUUGUUUAAAGAAGCAGCAUUGAAGCAUGGAGGUGUGCAUAGGAAAGGCGAAGAGAGGGAAGUGUAUGGAAAUGAAACCGAUGAUUCGGAAUGGGAAACAGCGAGUGAGAGCGAUAUAGGAGAUGAUGGAAGAGAUCAUAUGGGACUUGAUGAUGAGGAGGAGGAGGAAGAUGAAGGCCAUGGAGAGAAGUGGAAGAACCGAGAUAAAUCGAGUGAGAAAAAUGAGAAAACGUCUGCGAAAGGUAUGAGGCAUGGAUACAGCAUAAAGCUAGCAGAAGAUGAAAUAUGAAACCCUGAAACACAAUAAGAAGUUGAAGAAAACAGAAGUCUUUGUAUGGGUUUUAGUCUUUUUACAAGCAAGAAACUUGCUUCAUGGUUCAUGGAUAUCGUAAGUUUUCUUUUACUUUUUUUUUUUUUUUUUUUGUUUUUCCCUUUCUUUAUUUAGUUUUGUGUGAUUGUAGUAGUUGUGGUAAAUUUUAUCCAUUUUGAAGGAGUAAAGAAGAAAGGAACAAUUGUUUUGUUUUUUUCUGUGAUUUUAUUUAUUUUUAUUUUGUGGUGUAUGUAACUAAGAGUUAUAGAGGAGACAAUAUGAGUUCCAAUUUGUAAAAAAAUUAUUUUCUCCUUAUAUUAAGAAAUGAUGUUGUGAUUGGGAGA